AUGGCAUCAAAGCGCCCUCUUGUGGGCGAGCAUGAGAAUGCCAGAGUCGAGAAGAGAAGCUUUGCCGCGUGUGACGAUAUCGUCGCCGUCACCGUCGGCCGGGACAAGUUGCAACAUCUCGUGCAUGAGAGCGUACUCUGCAAAUCACCAUUCUUCGACAAGUGUCUCCACUCUGGGAUGCGUGAGCAACUUCAGAAAGCCAUCAACUUGCCCGAAGACGACCCAGAAGGCUUCGCCAUCGUCGUCGAGUGGCUGUACUCGGGCACGGUCCCCCAGAAAUGCGGGUGGAGGUGUUUGCUGCGCGCCUACAACGCCGCCCAAAAGUUCUGUAUGCCAGACUUGCAAAACGCACUCGUCGACUUGUUCAGAACGGAGAUGACACCUGCUUCGCUCAGUCCCAACUGGGUGUCGUAUAUCUGGGGGCACACAGCAGACGGAUGCCAGCUCCGCAAGUUGGUUCUCGAUAUUUUUUACUACCACAUAUCGAAGGAUCCAACUACAUACAGGGACUACGGCGUCGGUGUUGAAGAGGGAGAGUACUACGCUGUUCAGAUGGAGCGCUUGAUGUGCAAGACACAGCUUGCAAUGGCCUUAUUCUGGCGUUUCGCCGACCGCUCCGAUCGUCCAUCCAAAGAGCCUGCUAAAAUGAAGGGCUGUGUCUACCAUGUCCAUGAGGAUGGAAACAAGUGUACUUGA